CCCUAUGGGGAAGGGACCCCGAGAGCCACCAAGGAGCCCACUUUAUGGGCCACGAAAUUGAGGCAUGGGCCGAUGAAAAUGACAGACACUGGCAUUUCCCCUGCGCUACAAUGCCCCUGCUGCCGGGCUGAGCAGAGGGAUGAAUGGACCACUUAAGCAGCGAGACUGGAAAGCCGCUCUCUUGACAUGUGCACCAGGACGCUAACUCAGCCCCUCCGAGCUACGACUGAACGUACCAGGAGCAGUCGACCCAGUGCCUGCAGCACGUUAACCCAGAAGCAACGAGUCAGCACCAUCCAAGUUCAGCUGUUGACCACCGAAGGACCAGUACUGAUCAGGACAGUAACUUGUUUUCACCCUGGCCCCCAGACCUGUUCCUAGGGGAACCCUGGACAAAAUGGCCUGGGACUGGCAGCCUGAGCAGAGGGAAUCUGUCUGGGACCCGGCCAACAAUGGUGGCCUCGCCAUGGGAGCAGCAAAGGCGGCUGCCGAGUCCUGUUUGCUGCCCACGGCGGGGUGCUGCUCCAGGAUGUUGCUUCGAAUGUGUAAGAUCCCCUAUCCAGCAAAUCACUGAUGUCUCUGUCACUGUCUCUGGGCUGUUCCUUUGGUCUCAAGGCUGGGCCACUACAAGGCAUGCAGGCCUGUGGGAGUGCAGCCCAACAAUUGGCGAGCCAGCUGAGAAGCCAAGGAAACUCCCGGGAGCACCGAGAUGUCAGGGAAGAAGGACGGGAAAUGGAAAGUUGUGAGGCAUCCGGGGGUGGCCAUCCACUCGUGUGCGGGGCCCUGUGGCGUCUGUCCUUGAUGAAUGGGGGCCGCCAAGAGCCGGGCGAAUCCAUAGAGCACCCCGCGGGUGUCGCAGAGCUGUCACUGCCAUUAGUGUGGGGAAAAAUGAAGCUAGACGGUGGAAGGGGUAGCCGUGACUGUGGGCUGGCUGCUGCUUUGGAGGCUGAGAAAGGCCACAGACACUGAGCAACUGCCCGAGGCUCAGGCUCGGGGCCUACAGCUGGGAUGCCAGGCUGGCCCAAACCAAAACUGCUGGAACGUUAAUGGCCAGAUUGAGGGAACAAGAUGGGAAGCAGACACUUAACCCGCCAUGCCGCGUGGCUGAAGGGAAGGCAGCUUCCCCGACAGGGAGUCCAGAUGGUUGGGGCCCGUCCAAAUGGGAACCCCAAGGCGUGGGACCCUACCGAGAGCACUGAUGAAGAGGAAGAAGAUUGGGACGAGGUCAUGGAGCUCCCUGUCCCCCAGGCACAGAUGAAGAGCUCUUUUCUCCCCCAGAGCGGAGGCAGCUGACCAUCAGGAGGGAUGCCUCUCUCUCCCAUCAUGAUGGUGAUAUUCUGUUAAGCUCAGGGUCUGUUUCCCGUUUCACAGUAGCAGCCCCCACGCUUGGAGCUCAUUUGACAGCAGACGGAUGGCUGGAGAAUGCAGACAGAAGGCAAAGACCUGGAUGACCUGUCAACUACUUGGGUGUUAUCUGGUCAGUGCUUCACAACAGGUGAAAGACCUCCCAGAAGGCACCCCAGUGACUGUACGUACUCAAGAUCCCAUAGCUGAGUGGCUAAAGGAUACCUUCCAGAAGCCCAAGUCCGGGCAUGCACAAGUCCAAACCAUAACUAAGUGGCAUGUCUGUUGAAGUCAACGUAGCCCUUGACCUACUGGCCCACUGAGUGCAGAGUUACACGCUAUCUGAGGCCUGGUGACCUACACCAUGGAGGACCCCACUGGCCUGAGGGAGACAGCUGGUCCUCCUGAGAUAGCACCUUUAGUGGAAGAAGGCACAGGCUCCAUCCCUUGGGAGGUUUCGCACACUGAUGGGUUGGCCUGGGGUACUCAGUGCAGGUGGGCAGCAGUGGACAGCAGGCCUGCAACGGACAGCAUCUGGAUGGGUACAGUGGGUAGCCCAGGAGUGGGUGGUGGCGGGGCGACCCUAUGGGGAAGGGACCCCGAGAGCCACCAAGGAGCCCACUUUAUGGGCCACGAAAUUGAGGCAUGGGCCGAUGAAAAUGACAGACACUGGCAUUUCCCCUGCGCUACAAUGCCCCUGCUGCCGGGCUGAGCAGAGGGAUGAAUGGACCACUUAAGCAGCGAGACUGGAAAGCCGCUCUCUUGACAUGUGCACCAGGACGCUAACUCAGCCCCUCCGAGCUACGACUGAACGUACCAGGAGCAGUCGACCCAGUGCCUGCAGCACGUUAACCCAGAAGCAACGAGUCAGCACCAUCCAAGUUCAGCUGUUGACCACCGAAGGACCAGUACUGAUCAGGACAAUAACUUGUUUUCACCCUGGCCACCAGACCUGUUCCUAGGGGAACCCAGGACAAAAUGGCCUGGGACUGGCAGCCUGAGCAGAGGGAAUCUGUCUGGGACCUGGACAACAAUGGUGGCCUCGCCAUGGGCUGUUAGCGAGAAGUUCCCGUCUCCUGCCUCCCUCCAGUCUCUCCUCUACUCAGCCCAACCGGGAAGAGUGAGAAUCCUCCAGCUGAGAUUCUGUGGGUCUAGAAACGGGUGUGAACAGAGAAUCAGCCUCCUGAUGCAGGAUCGAGUGCUGGGGAAGCCCUCGUGCAGCCCGGGUCUCUCAAAACCCAACCUGCCACUAGCCUAGGCAGGCCCGGCAUCAGCAGUGCACGGGAAGCUGGAAUCUGACCCCUGGCGUUGGGCCUGGUCUCCAUGGCAGCCGUGGAUUUAUAACCGGGGCCUCCACCCAGCUUGGCGGACUUUCGACUUGAAGCCGGGAGGAAGGGGAACAGGAAGGCGGUUCUGGGAGCAGCGAGCGCACGGGUGGCAGCCGGAGGCCCCGCGAUGGCCAAGUUUCUUUCCCAGGACCAAAUUAAUGAGUACAAGGAAUGCUUCUCCCUGUACGACAAGCAGCAGCGGGGGAAGAUUAAAGCCACUGACCUCCUGAUGGUGAUGAGGUGCCUGGGGGCCAGCCCGACGCCGGGGGAGGUGCAGCGGCACCUGCAGACUCAAAGGAUAGACAGAAAUGGAGAGCUGGAUUUCUCUACUUUCCUGACCAUUAUGCACAUGCAAAUAAAACAAGAGGACCCAGAGAAGGAAAUUCUUUUGGCCAUGUUGAUGGCGGACAAGGAGAAGAAAGGCUACAUCAUGGCGUCUGAACUGCGGUCAAAACUCAUGAAACUGGGAGAGAAGCUCACCCACAAAGAAGUGGAUGAUCUUUUCAGGGAAGCAGAUAUUGAACCUAAUGGCAAAGUGAAGUAUGACGAAUUUAUCCACAAGAUCACCAUUCCUGUGCAGGACUACUGAAUGAGGAGAAGGCAAGAGAGCCUCCCCUGGGCUGGAAAACUCAGACUGAUGAAUUUUUAAAAAGAAAAGUGUUCCUUUCACUUGCGGGAGAUGGCAAACACAGCAAGAUGACAUACCUGACCACAGCAGAGGGUAACUAACUUAGCAAGGAAACGAAACUAUUUCAGCUACAGUAUUAGCAUGUCUUUAAUAAAAGAUUUUUACUGAUUUUAAUAAC